GAAGGGAAGAUGCAGCGGGGGAGAGACCUAGAACUGCGAUCAAAGCUACAGCAGCUGCUGGGGCUGGCGGGACAAAGGGAGGAGGGAGGAGCCUGGGCGCUGAGAAAGUUCUUGGGGAAAGUUGAGCUGAGCCAAGAGUCGGGCGGUGGCUGGGGAGGGCGGGAGGGCCCGGCCUGAUUUCCCUUGCUGCUCCCCUUGUGGCCUGACGCUGACAGAGGCAAAAAUCUGCUAACUCAGGGGGCAGACUCAACCAAGACUGCAAACAGGCCUGGGGAAUGACCCCCCGAUCUGCAACCGGCGCCUUCCGCGGCUGCACGGCUUUCUCCAGCUGUCUCUGCCCCUGUUCCUGGCCCUGGCUCCAUCCCUCUCUCAUCUCACCCUUCCCUGUGCCACAUGGGCCCUCUGUCUCCUGCCAGGACGCUGCGGCUCUGGGGACCUCGGAGCCUGGGGGUGGCUCUGGGAGUCUUCAUGACCAUUGGCUUUGCACUCCAGCUCUUGGGAGGGCCCUUCCAGAGGAGGCUACCAGGGCCACAGCUCCGACAGCCCUUGGCCCCAUCUCUACGACCAGCCCUUCCGUCCUGCCCACCCCGGCAGCGACUGGUGUUCCUGAAGACGCAUAAAUCUGGGAGCAGCUCUGUGCUGAGCCUGCUUCACCGCUACGGGGACCGGCACGGGCUGCGCUUCGCCCUCCCUGCCCGCUACCAGUUUGGCUACCCAAGGCUCUUCCAGGCCUCAAGGGUAAAAGGCUACCGCCCCCAGACUGGAGGCACCCAGCUCCCCUUCCACAUCCUCUGUCACCACAUGAGGUUCAACCUGAAAGAGGUACUUCAGGUCAUGCCUUCUGACAGCUUCUUUUUUUCCAUUGUCCGAGACCCAGCGGCUCUGGCUCGCUCUGCCUUCUCCUAUUAUAAAUCCACCUCAUCAGCCUUCCGCAAGUCACCAUCCUUGGCUGCCUUCCUGGCCAAUCCUCGAGCCUUCUACAGGCCUGGGGCCCGUGGGGACCACUACGCUCGCAACUUACUAUGGUUUGACUUUGGCCUGCCCUUUCCCCCGGAGAAGAGGGCCAAGAGAGGGAAUCUUCAUCCCCCCAGAGACCCCGACCCCCGACAGCUUCAGGUCUUGCCUUCUGGUGCUGGCCCUCGAGCCCAAACCCUCAAUCCCAAUGCCCUCAUCCAUCCUGUUUCCACUGUUGCUGAUCAUCGCAGCCAGAUAUCAAGCCCUGCCUCUUUCGAUUUGGGGUCUUCAUCCUUCAUCCAGUGGGGUCUGACCUGGCUGGACUCUGUCUUUGACCUGGUCAUGGUGGCUGAGUACUUCGAUGAGUCAUUGGUUCUGCUGGCAGAUGCCCUGUGCUGGGGUCUAGAUGACGUGGUGGGCUUCAUGCACAAUGCCCAGGCUGGACGUAAGCAGGACCUCAGCACUUUCAGCAACACUGGACUGACUGCAGAGGACCAACAGCUAACUGCACGGGCCCGAGCCUGGAACAACCUGGACUGGGCUCUCUACGUCCACUUCAACCGCAGUCUCUGGGCACGGAUAGAGAAAUACGGCCAGCGCCGGCUGCAGACAGCUGUAGCCGAGCUCCGGGCUCGCCGAGAGGCCCUAGCCAAACAUUGUCUGGCAGGGGGUGAGGCUUCUGACCCCAAAUACAUCACUGAUCGCCGGUUCCGCCCCUUCCAGUUUGGGUCAGCUAAGGUUUUGGGCUAUAUACUUCGGAGUGGAUUGAGCCCUCAGGACCAAGAGGAGUGUGAGCGCUUGGCUACCCCUGAGCUCCAGUAUAAGGACAAGCUGGAUGCCAAGCAGUUCCCCCCUACCGUCUCACUGCCUCUCAAGACUUCAAGGCCACUCUCCCCAUAGACAUCAGACUACAGAUUUAGGUGGAAGAGCAGCCAUGUUUGAAGGGCACAUGUGAUGAGUGGGGGGCAGCAAGAUGCCACUUCUGCAUCUCCCAGAAGGGAUGAGUCUUUGUCCUGAUGCAAGCGUCCUCUUUGCUGGACUCCCAACAGUGCUUUCCUCCUUCACCCUCUACUCAUUUUGUUCUUUCUCCCCAAUUUUUCUUUUUUUUUUAAUUUUUUUUUGAGAUAGAGUCUCACUCUGUCCCCCAGGCUGGAGUGCAGUGGCAUGAUCUCGGCUCACCGAAACCUCUGCCUUACGGGUUCAAGCGAUUCUCCUGCCUCAGCAUCCAGAGUAGCUAGGAUUACAGACGUGUGCCACCAUACCCAGCUAAUUUUUAUAUUUUUAGUAGAGACAGGGUUUCAACAUGUUGGUCAGGCUGGUCUUGAACUCCUCACCUCAGAUGAUCCACACGCCUCUGCCUCCCAAAGUUCUGCCAUUAUAGGCGUGAGCCACUACGCCUGGCUUCCCCUUCCCCUUUCUUGCCCCAAGGCAGAUCCACAUCACCAAAGCUCCCUAGGUGGGCAAAAGAUGGAGUGAGCCACAGAAAGUUUGGGGCGUGGUGAGUUGGAAUGAUACAUCCAUUUCUCUAUGAAAUAUUUGCUACUAGACUGUUCAUUUCUCUCUGAAAUAUUUGUUGAAUGAAUAAAUAAUUUGAAACUUC